AUGCACAUCAGUGGGUCGUUUAUAUUUUCUAAAAUUUUAGAAGACUUAGUAGCACCUGAAGAUGCGGAAUUUGUCUCUCCAAUACACUAUAUAUACGAUUACAUGUCCGGGUGUCCAGACUUAUCGCCAACGCAGACGUCUGAUAUAAUGGGUGGUCUUGAAACAGACUCUGGUAAAAAGCAACGACCAGUCCCUCGUUUAUUGGUCGACGACAAACCAGUCAUUCAACAAAACAGCGUCGCGCUAUAUCCUGCACCUGCCGGUAUUCCUUGGCACACUACUAUUCCCCUGCUCAGACACAACAAGCAUUGGGCAUCUGCAGUGUCCAUGGCCCGAAAGCUUCUCACCUUGUUUUCGGAGGACGAUACUGCAAAUACGACAUUACGCAGAGGAUCGAAGUCGUAUGCGGAUAUCGCAAAAAUCGAAUUAAACGCUCUGGAUCGUAACUGGUGUUUGUUUCUUUUCUAUUUGUGGCCCGCCGCUGAUGAGAGGAGGCUGGAGUUGAUUACGGCCGCAAUCGUCUUUGUGUUUAUUUUUGACGAUGUUUGGGAGAUGAAGAAUGAAGAAACAAUUCGAAUCAUUCAGAAGGAGUUCGUCGCUUGUCUGAAAUUACCUGACCCAGGGGACGUACUAGCGCAAGAUGGAGAGAACGUCACUCCAUUACAAGAAAUGAUAUCCACGAUCAUACGAGGAUUUGAAGAAGAAGAUUCCGAAUGCGGGAAUGGCGGGAAGGAUGUCAUCAAGUGGCUUAUCGAGUUUAUCAAUCAUCCACCCCCAACCAAAGAAUUCGAGACACUCAGAGAGUUUCUAGACUAUCGAAUAGACGAUGCUGCCGCCCAGUUUGUCUUUGCGUGCGUCAAAUUCUCGUUGCGCUCCAGUGUGCAGAUGGACAGUCCAAGGAUAGAGAAAUUCAUGAAAAUCGCGUCGGACCACGUAUGCUACGCAAAUGACCUCGGAUCGCACGAUAAGGAGAAAAAGGCCUAUAUUCGCGGGGAUGUACUGUACUUCAUCAACGCAGUCGAUAUGGUGAAAAAGGUGUUCCAUCUUCCUGAUGACGACGCUGCAAAGUCGGCCACGCUUGUUCUUCAGAUGCAGACCGAGAUUGAGCUGGGAAGGGAACUAGAGCGUUUGCGCGCAUCGAGUGACGUUACGGUUGAGGAGCUUGAAUACGUGGAGUCUGUGGUGUACGCAUUGACGGGGAACAUCUUUUGUUCAGUGGUCAUGUCCCGCUAUGGAGGGGAGGACACUAAACUUGAAAUUUAA